UUUAUAAAGAAAAUUUUUCUCUUACAUCGAGGCAAGGGACAAUUUCGUGUCGAGAUGACGUUUCCUCGAUACAAAACGGUCUAACGUUUGAUGUACGAGGACUCGAUUAUCCGUGACAACGUCGACAACAAAUCUAUUACGCCGAGGUUUACGAGAUAUACAAGUCGACAGGGGAAUACGUCGAAAUAUCGGUGUACAGGAUUUACGAGAUCGUCGUAGCACGAUGCACGUGGCGUAGGUCAAACAGCAAAGGAGCCGAGGGAAAAAUUCAGGUUGGAGCUGCAUAGGCGAACGGUCGGUCGGUCGGCUACGUGGCUGGUAGACACGCGCGGACAAUUACAGCCGACUGGACACGAUUUUACAAUAACUCAAUUCAUUUCCGAGCAUACGUAAGAACGGGUUGACAAAAAAGCGAGGCUGGAUAUAGUUAUUGCGGCUGUGUGCGGUGCACACGUGAACAGGUCAGUCCGGUCGAGCGGGAGCGAGACGAAAGGCAGGGUGACAGAGGGAGGGAAAGGUGGAUCGAGACAAGAGGGAAGAAGGAAAGGUAAAAACGGGCAAGAGCGAGAAAUCGAAUCAGGUGGGAAUGGAAAGGAAUGACUGAGAGAGAAAGAAUGUGCUCGCGAGACUCUUAAGCCCAGUUCAGAUUAGUCAAGUUACUCGAAUCGGAGUCAUUUGAAACUAGUCACUCGAUCGAUGCGAGCCUGUUUAUUUACGCGACUUGAAAUAUCUUCUCCAAUUUCAAAUUAAUUCAAGCUUCUUUUAAUUAGUACUCGAGACAUGUAUUUUUCAAGUAAUUUGAUUAGUCUGAACGAGACUUUACAUUCAAGGGAAGAGAAGCAAAAUAAAAACACAAUCAAAAGUAGAUAAAGAGAGAGAGAGAGAGAGGAAGGAGAAUGUAAGAGAGGUAAGGAGUCGCUACAAUAAUCGAACGGUCCCGCGGUGCAAUACAAUGUUUGCAAAAGAGUCGAUAUCUAAUCGACGGAAUGCUUGUCGAAAAGUAAACCCGAGAACAGGGUGGAGCACCAGUCGGUCAGGCAUGCACCGUCUUGGAGUUUUCGUUCGUUUCUCGCAAACACCGAUCACCGUUGCUCGUAUAGGAACGGAUACGUCGUUGUCUUCUGUAUCGGACGGCAAAUUAUCGUAAAAGAACAACGUCGUUUUUGAACAGUGUACGGUGGAACUCGUAUAGGCAUUUCUCGAUACUUAAGAUUGGUUUGUAUUGACUGUUCAGACAAGGAACAGUUACGAUCAGACAAAGACACCGAGUGUUAAUACUAUCACCUUUUGUCUGGAACAUCAGACACGAUUAUAACAAUUUCUCUCUGGGAAUGAUCUCUAUUUUUCUACCCAAUUGAUCGAAUUGCACAUUUGUAGAGAUCGACGUACAAACAUUGCUAUCUUUUUAUCUGCAACAAUCUUUGUCUGAACGUAACCGCUGCGUGUCCGAACGGAUAAUAUAAAUCCACGUUUACUCGCGCACCUAUGCGCUCACACAGGCGCACCGGCAUCGGCGCGGGUUCGCCUCGUGUACACACCAUCGCCGGUAUUGUAUAAUGCAGCCAUUGAUAGCCGUCCUCUCUUUCACGCACGCGAUCUGUUGCAGUCGUUGCAACCCGUGUCCGGUGACAGCGUCCAGUGUCCAGUCUCCCUCCCGGUGAGUGUCCACAAGAUUUAUUUUCCCAUGCGAUAUACGGGGUGGCACCGUGAAAACUGGACCCGAUCCCUAACGCCGUCACGAUUCCACGCUACCGUACAGGUGAUCGCGAAAAAUACGCGCGCCGAGUAGAGACAGCCGGCUUGACUGUUCCGCGAACGUUGUCACACGGUGAACAGAAGACUCGCGCGAGUCCGAUAUCCGUGUCGACGCGACGCGCCCCGCGCCUGUUCCUUUACGCGAGUGUGGAUGCGUGUCUACGUCUUCAGAAACGCACGGAAGAGAGCAAACGGACGCUCUCGAACCAUUUUUCAUCCGACGAUACCGACGCACAUCAUUCGCAUGGAUCUGAUUGGAUUGAGGAUGUCCUCAAAGAGGAAGUCACCACCAACGAAGCUAUCGGAGGGCGGGGGAGGCACGGGUACAGUGAUAGGCGCCAACGAGGAGGAGGAGGAUACGACCUCGUCGGUGACCGGUGGUCCCGGUGGCGAGGUAGCCGUCGGUGAAGAGGGUCCCACCACCCCCGUCGACAUCGAGGAGUGUUACCCUCAUCAAAGAGGAGGCGACUGCGAGUCGUCCGGCUGUUCGUCGCCGGCGACCACCAGUGAACCGGAUCUUCGCGAUUCGCCAUCACCCUCGUCGAAUUCCCUGCGACCAAGCAAGGGACAAAGGAUCGUUCUGCCCGGUCAGGAAACGCUAGCGCCUUACCACUAUCCUCACCAUCAUCAUCACCAUCACCACCACCAUCAUCAUCACCACACGAAUACAUCGUCUUCGUCCGGUGGUGUCGUGGAACCGGCCAGUUCCUCCGAGUGUGGUUCACCGCCUACCCCUUUAACCGUCGACCCCUACUACCCGAACCAUCCUCACCACAACAACAACAAUACCGUCACCCAGAAUAAUAACAACAGCAACGGUGGUAACGCCACCACAGCCAGUACCAAAAGAUCCAUGGACGACGUGCUGAAGAGGUUAACCUGCAAGAUGAACAGUGAGUCGUUGUCGCUGCAGGACGAUACCAGCAACAACAGGCGGACAAGCCCACCACCCUCUUCCACGCCGACCGGCCACAACGCACACUGCGGAGGCGUCGCCAGCGUGCCGAAUAGCGUGCCACCCUCACCCCCAGCCUCCGGAAGGAUGCAGAACACGGAAGGACAAGUUCAACAGGAUGGUGCCUCGGCAUUGCACAGGGUCCUAUGCGCGGAAAGCUUCGCGGAGAAGGAACGAACGCUAUCCGAGAUGAUCCUGCAGCUGCAGCUGCUCAGGGAACAAUUGCUGCAACAGCAAGAUCAGACGAAGUCGUAUCCUGUGCACAUGAGCGUCGACUCGCAGAAGCAAAUCGAGAUACAGCGGCUACAAACGGAACACUUGAAGCGGCAACAAGAGCACAUCAUGCAGCACAACAUCCAGGAGCUACAAGCUCAGAUGACAAAGAGCCAGCUGAACAUGUCGGGGCCGCAAUCCUUGAUGUUCCUACCGUUUCUCGAACAGCUACGAGGGUUACCCGUGCAAUCGCCUAUGCCACCACCGCCGGCCACGUCGACCACCACCACCAACAAACAUAUCAAUUCGAUCGCCAACAUGAUCAGCAGCCACCGGGAAGGUCCUAGCUGGGCGACGGCGCAUUUGGCGCAAAUGACGACGCAAAUGGAGAAGGAAGCAUCGCCGACGCCGAUCUCGUCCGCCGUCGCACCUACGGCGCCUCCUCUCCAGGAUCUCGACGCGCCGUUGAACCUUACCAAGCCGAAAUCCUCGUCGUCGGGGGCCACGGCGUCUUCCUCGUCGCCCGGAAGCGAUUCGCACUCGACCGGGGCCGGAAGCAGCGGUCAGCAGGAGCAGCCUUUGGCCGCGACUGCGCCGAAGCUCUUUCCGCCUGGUUUACCGAUGCCACGGAAUUAUUUGCCCAGUCUUCCUUACGCCGGAUUACCGCCGCACCUCAGCACCCUUUCCUCUCCAAUGGGCAAAGUGAUGUCAAAAGACGAAGCAGGUAGUGCGGGAGGUGCGGCAGCAGCCGCCGCGGUCGCAGCUGUGGAGAAACACUUCGCGAUGCACGGGAUCUACGCGCUACCACCUAGUGCAGGUGCGAUGCCUCCUUCGCCUCAAACUCAACGACCUAUGAAGCAUUCCGCUUCCCGGGACGAGGCUGCGCAAGAGGAACAAGACUAUCUCUCCACGUCGCACAUGUGGCGGGAGCCGGGUUACAAGGUACCGGAAGACAUAACGGAAAAAGCUAAAAUGGUGAGACAGCAGAAGAGGGAGGGUGAGAACAAACCACAUAUCAAACGGCCUAUGAACGCGUUCAUGGUGUGGGCCAAGGACGAGCGUAGGAAAAUUUUGAAAGCCUGCCCGGAUAUGCACAACUCGAACAUAUCUAAAAUACUCGGCGCUCGAUGGAAAGCGAUGUCGAAUUCGGAGAAGCAGCCGUACUACGAGGAACAAUCUCGAUUGUCGAAGCUGCACAUGGAGAAGCAUCCCGACUACAGGUACAGGCCGCGACCGAAGCGUACCUGCAUCGUGGACGGUAAGAAGAUGCGAAUUUCCGAGUACAAGUCGUUGAUGCGACAACGACGGCAGGAAAUGAGGCAGCUCUGGUGUCGUGACAGCGGUCAAGAGAUGAGUUUCCUGUCGCCGGUCGGUUCCGACCUAAGCAGCCAACACCAUCCGGGAACGGGAGCCGGACCGUCGGCGAGGCCGUCCGUUUCGCCGCCCGCGACGAUGUUGAACGGAGGUGCGGCUGGUCCGAGUUCCGACCAUCCGUCUUUCUACUAUCCGCAGGACAGUCUCUCGCCGUCGGACAUGAUGGACUUUUCACCGGACAAUUCCGGCUCGAUCGGUGGCUACGACGCCAGUCCACGGCAUCACGACGAGGAUUGAACCGCGGCUCCGGGUCAGCCGCCAUGGCCGCCCGGAGCUUCAUCGUCAACGGUAGUGACAAGGUUAAAGCACCGCCACGGAGUUGCGUUCUGGUAACUGAAGGCACGCUGUUCUCCUCCUCGUGGUUCGACGCCGGAGGGACUUGGCGAUACCCGCGGCGAAGAUAACCGCGUGGUGAACGCGCGAGCGUAAAAAAAAGGGAAGAACGUUCUCGAGGAGUGGACCGAGCGUCUCGAAGCCUCGCUCGAGAAGGUUGUGAUAUAACGAUUUAUUUCUGUGCCAUCGUACGACGCGUACGGAACCGCCGUCGCGUCGCUUAACAUCCAUCGCGUGCCACUGGUGGAGAAGAAGAACGAUGGCAUCCUCGUGUACGGUACUCGGGUCUUAGGACAGUGUCGCGAUACAGCCGAGCGUGAACGUAACGUAGGGUUCAUGCACCCCGGGGUUCGUCUCCUUAUCCGUUAACGACGAACCUAUCACGGGAACGUUUCCGGUGUACAUGAGAUUAGAACGAGAGGAUCACGGCACGGACGCUGAUGACCUCUCGGUUUGCUUGCUUGCUUGCUUGUUACUGUUACGAGAGACAGGGUAAGCUAACAAGACACUCUGUUACUCCGUCAGCCGUACCACGUAGAGCGGAACGCGACGGCGGCAAGUAUACACGGUGUAUUCUCUUCUGUGUAAUCAAAACUGCGAACUGAUAAGGUUUGAUCGUCGUUAGCUAACGUUUCUAGGUAACAAGGUGCGCGCGAGUAAUUUUCAUUGUAACGAAAAACGUCGUUGCUGUAUCCAUCUCGCGCCUCUUUUAACGUACGACUGCGUGAAACAAGAUGCAUAUAGAAUUAUAAAUAAAUAAAUAAAUUUAAAUAUAUAUAUAUAUAUAUAUAUACAUACCUGAUUUCUCGUAAGACUGCCAUGUGUCACGUGUGCGCGCCAGAAGGAUCGAUUCGAUGCAAUCUCCUUCGAUGAUUCUCGAUCCAACUCAUUUAUCGCGUUUCGAACACCGUGAGACGAUAGUGACACGUAUACGUGCGUGCGUGAAGGUACGUUGAGCGGCCAAAAAAGUCUUGUUCCUAUUCCUUCUAGUGUGUGUGUGUGUGUGUGUCUAGCGAUGCGCCAUUCCGGUCGGCCGUGUCUUCUAUAUGAAAUGCAAUGGGAGAAUAAGAAAAACCGUGAAACGAAUGAAAAAAAUAAUAAAAAUUCUGAUCCGUUUGUAUCGCAUCUCCCAGGUAUACGGAAAGCACGCAAUUAGAUCGUAUUAAUAUUCCACGUUUCCGUAUUCGCACGCAAUUACUUGUAUUCGAUAUUCGCACGAGGGGACCGGGACAGAGGGGCGACAGGAAAAACGCGGGAAAAACUCUGUCACGCGAUUCACCAGCUCGUCAACGGUGGUCACGUCUCGUUUCAUCUAAACACUUUUAGUACUUAUAGUAUUUCUUUUUUUUUUUUUGUUUCGUCAUUUAUUUAUGGACCCUAACGUUAACGACGAUUAGUCGGGGUGGAUUUGAACAAGUUGAGAAUGAACGAGCGUAAGGACACCAAGUACAUUGGCAAACGAUCGUCGAAAAAAUAUUGUUAUAUUCAUUGUUUUCUUAAUUGCAUCGACUAAAAUGUACGACGAUGAUUAUUGAAUAGCAUUUGUUAGAAAUAAUUCUAUGAUCGUUUGUCAGUGUACACACUCGUGGGCCUAAGGAUGGAGGAUGAAAAAGUAUGCAGAGAGAGUUAAUAAAGAGAAACUACGUAAAGAGAAGAAUCAAUCGAGAUACGUACGUACACACGUAGGAAGAAGAAAGAAAGCGAGAGGCACGCGCGACGUCGAUUUUUAGUACAAUGUUACUUCUGUAUAAAAUUGCGGAGGGGAAUUAGCCGUUAUUUAUUGUAAACGAUGUAACGAACGAAUAAUCAAAUUUUAAUACGACGUUGUGUUAUUUUUUUUUUUUUCGUUUUUCAAUGUUCCGGAACGCAAGCUGUUACGUUUUAUUCUUCGAGUUGUGCGGUGAUGAGGGGUCCAGCAAGUCUAGUGAACCCUCGUGAACAGUGCUGAGCGAAAAAGAAAAACACCGUUUCGUGAGAAGAAACUAAUUAGGUAUAUAAAGUCUCGUUAACGCUUGUGAAACGAAUCGAACCGGGUGACAAAGAUCGGGAGCUCGAUGUGAUAAUAUUUAUGUGCCAAAUAGCGUUUUCGCGGGCCGGAAGUGAGGUCGCGUUCCCUCCGGUACCGGGUCGGCAGUGUUGGCUCGACGUGAAACUCGAUUAAAUAAUUUUUACGUCUACUUCUUUUUUUUUCUCACAGUUUUUCCUUCUUCUUUUUUCUAUUUCUAUUUCUUUCUCUUCUUCUUUCUCUUCCUCUUCUUGUUAUUUAUAAUCAGUGCAAUUCUAUACAAGGUACCUAAUAUAAUUUUAUAAAGAGAGCCAGUAUCCUCGGAUGUAUCUGUGCCCGGGUUUCGUCGGAUGAUCUUCGAUACCGCGGCCGGCGGCAGAUAGGAUAGCUUAAUGUUGAUAAUAAUUUAUUUUAUGUAUAUAACAUGGAUUUGUACAAGUGCAUCGACGAUGUUCACAGAUCGACCGAUCGGGAAAACAAGUGAAACAAUCGGGGCCGACGCGGUAAAAAAAGUGUCAAUACUAUUAAAUGUACAGUGUAACUAUAUUGUGAUGUAUCUGCAUAGCGCAAACAUAUUAUAUAUGUAAUUUACUCGAGAACACGUAGAUUUAACGAUGUUAAAUGCGAUGCAUAUUAUUAUUUUCACGGUCAUUAUUACGUCUAUUAUUAUCCUUGAUAAUUAUUAUUGUCAUCGAUCUUAUUUAGUACUAUUAUUAUGAUUAUUAUUAAUAUUAUUAUAUCAUUUCUCUCUCUCUCUUUUUUUUUAACGAUUAUAAGUUUAGCAAUAGAGGUUGUACGUGCCAGUUCAAACGACGACAACAGCGGUGACACGAAGUUUUGUUGAUCGUUUUCGUGCUCGAAUACUCAAAUUUCAUCGUUCAUGCAAAAAUUCAAUGUUUUUUACAUCGUUUUGUUUUUUUCUUCCUUUUUUCUUUCAUCAUUAUUAAUAUAUUUCGUCGAACCCCAGAACCGAUUCUUGCGCCUCUUCAAAGUUAUUGAAUUUCUGUUUCUUUUUUCCCUUCUUUCUUCAUUUAUUCCAAUUCCUCCAAAGAUCACUGUUUCAACCUUAUUUGCCCUACGAAUACAUUAAUAACAAGAAAUCAAGUUCAGAGACAAAGACGCUUUGUAUAUCGUUUCCUGUUGUGCCAUAUCGUUAUAAUCUUUCACGAAACAAUUCGUUUCUCUUCAAUUCCUUCUUUAUCCUUCCUCUUUGGUCAUCCCCGUGCAACUCGCGUCUUUCUCCUACAAUUUUCAUUGAUCUUCUGCUUUAGAAAUAAUUUCAGUUCUGCAUUCCAUGAAUUGCGAUCAAGUGAUCGAAAGAAAAGAUCGUUUUUCCUUGAAUUCCUGUGAAAAAAGUUCGUCGAUGAUCUUUUUCCAUUAUCUUCUCGUUUGUUUUUGGUUUCUUUUCUUUUUUUGUACGGAGACGAACGUUUUCGCGAUAAUCUCGACGCACUCGCUUGUAAAUUAAUCGGAUUCUUAAAAGAAAGGAAAUGCAACCAGUGCGAAUGCAAGAAGCUGUAAGAAUAGUAAAAUUGUAAAACGAAUACAUUACUAAUACUAUAGUGUAUUUAACGUAACGAAACAAAAAAAAAAAAAGGAUAAGU